UGCUUCCUCCUUGCCCCCUCGCUCCUCAUCAUUUCAAACCUCCUCUCCGCCUUCCCCAGCUUUUCGACUCUUGUCGUUACCGGGCUCUGCCUCUCACUGCACUCCUCCCAACUGGCACACAUCUCUCGCUCUUUCACGAUUCACACAUUCAUAUAAAACUACCGCAAUCAUGACGGAAGCAUCGAUUGUCUCCAAUACCGCCAACCUCCAGAAGUAUCUCCAACUCCCGCAGAACGGCAAAAUCAUUGCCGAGUACGUCUGGAUUGACGGUUCCAACGGCAUUCGCUCCAAGUCAAAGACCCUUAACAAGAAGCCCGAGAAGGUAGAAGACCUCCCCGAGUGGAAUUUCGAUGGUUCGUCGACGGGUCAGGCCCCGGGCCACAACUCCGAUGUCUACCUCCGCCCCGUUGCCUUCUAUCCCGACCCUUUCCGUCUGGGCGACAACAUCCUCGUCAUGUGCGAGACGUACGGCUCCGAUGGCAAGCCCAACGCCUACAACUUCCGCCACGAUGCCGCCAUCCUGAUGGAGGCUCACAAGGAUCAAGAGUUCUGGUUCGGCCUGGAGCAGGAAUACACUCUCCUCGACUUCAACGGCUGGCCGUACGGCUGGCCCAAGGGCGGUUUCCCUGCUCCCCAGGGCCCCUACUACUGCGGUGUCGGUACCGGCAAGGUCUUCUGCCGUGACAUCGUCGAGGCCCACUACAAGGCCUGCCUGUACGCCAACAUCAACAUCUCCGGCACCAACGCCGAGGUCAUGCCCGCUCAGUGGGAGUACCAAGUUGGCCCUUGCACCGGCAUUGAGCUUGGUGAUCAGCUCUGGAUGUCCCGUUUCAUCCUCCACCGUGUUGCCGAAGAGUUCGGUGUCCGCGUUACCUUCGCUCCCAAGCCCAUCCCCGGUGACUGGAACGGUGCCGGUCUGCACACCAACGUCUCCACCAAGGAGAUGCGCGCUGAGGGCGGUAUGGCUGCCAUUGAAGCCGCAAUGGAGAAGCUGGCUGCCCGCCAAAUGGAGCACAUGGCGGUCUACGGCGAGGACAACCAGCUCCGCAUGACGGGUCAACACGAGACGUCGUCGUACGACAAGUUCAGCUGGGGCGUUGCCAACCGUGGCUCUUCCGUCCGUGUCCCCCGCGCCGUUGCCGCCGAGGGCAAGGGCUACUUCGAGGACCGCCGCCCGGCCUCCAACGCCGACCCGUACCAGAUCACCGGCAUCAUCGUGGAGACGCUCUGCGGAAAGGUCGAGGGUGCUGAUAUCUACAAGACGCAGGUGAGGUCCGAGUCCGCCGAGACGGGCAAGGCCGCGGAGAAGGCGUAGCCGUAGACGCUUCUUGAUGCCAUGGCUGUUAUACCCCUUUCUUUUGACUUCUUAAUAUCUCUUUUCGGGACUUUUUGACGGCUUCAUCACAUGCUUUUCAUGG